AUGACUCCUGAGAGGCAGAGUUUGUUGACAGAGAAGGGACUCCUCCACGAGUCUAAAGAGAAUGCCAUUAGCAUCAGAGGGGUCAUGAAUCCCUACUGUAUGCAAAUUAUGACUUGCCUCUGCUUCCUGGAUCGAACCGAUCUAGGGGCCAUGCGAGUCAGAACGCAGAAGGGCGACAUGUCCCUCGCCAAAGUUACAGCUGUAUGUGCAAAGCAGUUGGGAGCGUUCUUAAAAAGGUCUCCCCCUGUCUCCUCGACUAUGAAAUUAUCAAGGACUGAGUAUGAAAGGGCGUGCUCUAAAACAUUUGCAGCAUGCACCAAGCGUUUGGGGACCCCUGAGAGCAAAAAGAAAGAUGGCUCUGAGCCACCCCACGCUUCAGAUACUUCCCCAGACAAAUCUACUUUGGCUCGCAAAUCCUCUUUUAUACACGGGCAGUCCUCUACGCCCUCUGCUACUUUGCAAAUCCAACCUCUUCAACAGGUGCCUCUGUCAAAGGAUGCCCUGGGGAAGAGGAAAUCAUGGGAAGAGUCCUCUGAUGAGGAUUCGAACGAUGGGAAAUUAAUUUUUCCAAGCUCUACUCUGACUUUUCCUAAAACGCCUCUAGGGUUCGCCCACGCUGCUCCUCAAGCUAAGCCAUCCCCUUCUUCCUUCGCACCAGGAUCCUCUCUGGGAGAGGGCUCAAAAAAUGACUUGCCCCCAGUGGCUCUGUCCUCUGCAGCAUUCAAAUUUCUAGGGACGACAGCUCACACACAAGCGCUUGAUGUCACGCUAGUGGGGGCGAGAUCUCCCAAUAUCUUUCCUAACACCGCAGGAGUGGUGACUUCUGUUUCUGCCUUGUCUGGAGGCUCUGACACCUGCCCUACUAACAAGCAUGGAUCAGAGGGGAAACGUCCCACCUCUGCCUCCCGUAAGAACCAUUUUUUAGAGGAUGCUUUCAGGGGUGACUCAGAAACCACAGGCAACCCUUCACAUCCAAUAGAUGCGAGCCAAGCAAUCAAGUUGGAAACUGCUCCUGUUCCUCAGAGGUCAGAAGCUGCUAAUGCCGUAGGAGGCCAGAGCUCGGGUGUCGAUGCUUUCCCCGCUUCUGCAGCAGUAGGGACGUCCUUAGGGGAGGUCAUUAUCAUGUCCCCAAAGACGAUGAACAAUUUUGACUCGCCCAACACCUUCCUAGAGCAGCUAACGUCCUCUACAGUACAGACGUCGAUAUUUUUGCCAAGUGAUCUAAGUGAGGAUGUUGACGAUGGGUUGAUUUCUCGUUCUUCCAUGCCACAACUCCCCGAGUUGAGAUUAACUAUGUUGGCGUCUGAUAGCCUCGUGGUGUCGUCACUAGCAGGCGGGGACUCCCGUUGCUUCUGUUACUGCGUCAGCAGGGACAGAAGCAAUUGGCAGAGUAGAGGGACUGCCAGAGUUUAUGUCGACUGCAUAAUUGGAGUUGAUGGAAGAGAUAGCUAUGUAUGCGCGUCUGCUGCUAGGAGGGAAUAUGCAACAACUAUUCAGAACAGCUCUAAGAUGGCUGAACAGGCAGCCAUGCUCGAGGAGGAACGUACAGGGAGAAGGGUGGCCGAAGUGAAUCGCGACGUGGUUGCUGAUAACUCUACAAAAUAG